GGUUAAAAAACAACUCACGUCCACCACUUUUAAAGCUUGCGCUUGCGCGUAAAGGAGCCGAGAGCUGUCCAAGUGCUGAAAUGAGAAAAGGCGUUCCAAGCCCAUUCCUCAACAGAGGACGGUCCUCCACCUGCGAAAGAUUUCACUUCACAAGUAACAUCACGCGCGAGUGGGGUUGUCUUCACGCCAAAUGCAUCAGGCCGACGCGUUUUUUGGGAGUUUCACCCUCUCGGCGUCUGACCACAGGACUGAUGUUUCUUCACACCUCCGCUUCGAGAAAUCUGGUUUUGAAAGUCAGAGUUUCGUAAAACUAAACUAUGAUCUGUGGCUGCGUUGAGGAAUGUCUUCUGUAUUUUUUUGUGACACAAGAACACCCACACGCCCACGACUUGGUCAGAAGGAAAGCGGUAACCCUAUUUGGAUUAUGUGCUUGACCAAUGUUAACAUAUGGAAGAUAUAAAAAAAGUGAGCACAUGGGAAAACCACCAGGAAUGAAUCGCUCCUUUGUCAAGGUUUUGGCUGCUUUAUUUACAUAUUUCAUGGAGACAAACAACUUCAGAGUUGUGGAUGCCAAGGAGCAUGAUUCCAGAUCAUCCUCAAACAUGUCUCCAUCAGACUUUCUGGACUCACUCAUGGGUCGCACGUCUGGGUAUGACGCACGAAUAAGACCAAAUUUUAAAGGUGCCCCCGUAAACGUUACAUGCAAUAUUUUUAUCAACAGUUUCGGCUCUGUCACAGAGACAACUAUGGAUUACAGAGUGAACAUCUUCCUGCGGCAGAAGUGGAAUGACCCUCGGCUGGCAUAUAGCAAAUACCCAGAUUCCUCCCUUGACCUGGACCCGUCCAUGUUGGACUCCAUAUGGAAGCCUGACCUCUUCUUUGCCAACGAGAAAGGGGCCAACUUCCAUGAUGUCACCACAGACAACAAGCUGCUGCGAAUCUUUAAGGAUGGGACAGUCCUCUACAGUAUCAGGUUGACUCUCAUUCUGUCCUGCCCAAUGGAUCUGAAGAACUUUCCAAUGGAUGUCCAAACUUGUACCAUGCAAUUGGAAAGUUUCGGCUACACCAUGAAUGACUUGAUCUUUGAGUGGCUGGAGAACAGUGCAGUGCAGGUGUCAGAUGGGCUCACACUGCCUCAAUUCAUCAUGAGAGAAGAGAAGGAGCUGGGCUACUGUACAAAACACUACAACACUGGUAAAUUCACCUGUAUAGAAGUGAAAUUUCAUCUGGAGCGACAGAUGGGGUACUACCUGAUCCAGAUGUACAUUCCUUCCCUCCUCAUUGUCAUUCUCUCGUGGGUGUCUUUUUGGAUCAACAUGGAUGCCGCUCCUGCCAGAGUGGCGCUGGGCAUCACCACUGUGCUCACCAUGACCACCCAAAGCUCCGGCUCAAGAGCUUCUCUUCCAAAGGUUUCUUACGUGAAAGCCAUCGAUAUUUGGAUGGCUGUGUGUCUGCUCUUUGUAUUUGCUGCAUUGCUCGAAUAUGCUGGGGUUAAUUUUGUCUCCAGGCAACAGAAAGAGUUCCUACGCCUGAGGCGAAGACAAAAGAGGAAUCACAAGGAUGAUGAUGUGCGUGAAAGCCGCUUUAAUUUUUCUGGCUACAACAUGAGUCAGUGUCUGCCAACAAAGGAUGGCUCAGCUGUUAAGAACGCCGCUGCAGCUCCGAACCCUCAACCAUCAGUCCCUAAGGACAUAGACACCAUGAGGAAGAAGUUUGUGGACAGAGCCAAGCGGAUAGACACUAUCUCCAGGGCCGCCUUUCCUAUGGCGUUCCUUAUCUUCAACGUCUUCUACUGGGUCACUUACAAGAUCAUCAGGUAUGAGGACGUCCUCCUAAAGUAAAGAACUUAACCCUUGACAAAAAACAUUUAUUUUUUCAUUUCUCAGAUUGAGAAAUGCCUGGAAAGCACAGUGAGAUGAUGAGAUGGGAAACAUUAAGAGGUGUCAUGGUGUUGAUGAUGAGGGUGGUGUUCUAUCAGGGAUAAUGUACAAUGUUCAUGCACCAUAUGGUAAUGCUCAUGUUUUGAUAAUGUGAGAUUUUUUUGUCAUUGUACUGCUGCAUAAUAUUUCCUGACAAUUUGGGAAAAACGGUUUAAUAAUAUGCUGGAGAAGAUGGACCAAACUGUUUUUGUUAAUUAAUUCUUCCUUGGCAUCUGUGUGUGGAACAAAGAAACAUUCCAUGGAUUUGUAACUGUAAGGUAGCUUAGUCAGACCCUCAAUGAACUUUUGUGAUUGCAAAAAGGGUUUUUCUUAAGGAUGUUUUGGAGUGUUUUAUAUUGUACUAUUGUCAAGGCACUUCCUCUCUGUUCAUACAAAAUAAAGCAGACAGAAAUUUCUAAAAUAUAAAGAGAGAAAGCAUAUACAUCUAUCAGAGAUUGGGCAGCAGCACACAUUUUAUGCAUGAGCGUGAACAAAGCAGAUGGAAAUCUUGAUCUGGAUACUGCAUUUUUAUGAAAUACCUGAGGCCUUAGAUAACAACGAUUUGAAAAGAUAUGAAGUGCUUCUUUUUUUUCUCAAUCAUCUCCUCUUGUUCACUGGUCUAUCAGAGCCGAAUGCAGCGUUUGAUCUUUUCUACAUGUGGCCAAAAACCCUAAGGUACUUCUAGUUGUUUCCUUUCUCUCUAAGUGUAUUAUAAAUCACACUCAUGGCCAACGGACAUCUCCUAAAACAAAUGUAAGUUUAUUCGGAUGUUAUAAAAAUCACAAAUGUUCCUUUUCAUUCGUAAAUAAUUUACAAAUACACUGUCAUAUAUUUCACAGGCUAGGGUUAUAAAAGUCCAAUGGCAAAGUGUAUAAGUAAGCCUACAAACUGGGAACACACACUGAAUUACUCAAUGUUGUCAUAUGCCAAUAUCCAUGAAUUCAUUUAUAUUCCAGGUAAAUAUUCCAGGUAUUGUAGGUAUGGUUGUAAAGUUUGAGACUGUUUUUUGUAGAGUUAGUCUAAUAAAAUAGUAAUAUUGUGGGUAAUACCAACUGUGUGUGUGUGUGUGUGUAUAUAUAUAUGUAUAUAUAUACACACACUGUAUACAUAAAGCUUUCUGUACACUUCUUCAACCUCCACUGUGGCUUGUUACCCUUCACUUGGUGUGUUUGUUGCUGAAUGGUGACGUAUGUUUGUAGAUGGAUUCAACAGUGAAGGGCAGAAGGACAGUAACAUUCAUGGUACAGUGCAUCUAAUGGUCCUUGCACUCUUGAUAUAGUGGUGAAGAACUCCUUUCUUGAACGCUAUUCCUGAAAAAAGGGUAUUUACUGGCCUGUUCAUCAAUAAAAUUCACUGCACCACAUUAACGUUA